UUUAUGAAAAUGUUGACGUUCCAGCGCGGUGACGUCAGAGGGCGUGUCUUGCCAAAGGACAUUUGGAGACUUCAGAAUGGGAGACAGUUUUCGAGAGCAGCUGAUAGAGGACUGCGCUUUCCUCAAAGCUGACUGGAGACUGGACACAGAGCUGGUGGACAAACUCAUCCUGCAGCUCAACAGAAUCUACCCGCAGAUACUCACAGACAAGGAGGCCACCAAGUUCAGAAACGUGGAUGUGCCCACUAGUGUUCGACUGGGUGAGCUCUUGACACAUCUCCAGGGAAAAGGCGAUGAUGCAUGCAGGGAGUUUUACAGGGCUCUGCACUUGCAUGUAGAAGAGGUAUAUUACAGCCUGCCAACACGGCUUCGCCUCAGAGAUUCCUUGGAUCCACUCACACAUUCACGAGUCUACCGACAGAGACAUGUUCUGAAUGACAGAGGUCCCCUCUUCUUUCUGGGCUGUUUCAGCCUUGCAGUGGGAAUGGGUUUACUCUAUUACUACAGCGAAUCUAAGGUGACGGGAGGCAGCCGGGCCCUAGGGAUGGCUGCUCUGGGUCUGAAAAAAAAAGCUCAGGAGGUUCUUAUAUGGUACACUGAAGAAAGCCUUGUGAAGUAGAGGGUGACUCCUACACACCAGCAGUACUGCUUUGAUGAAUGCUUUCUGUACCAAAGCACAGCACACUAAACCUUUGCAUGGGUUCAAUACUAA